ACAGAAGCACAGCGAAUGAGGCAACAGUAAGAAAACCUGCGGUGCUGUCCGUGAUAAUACUCACUGAAACAGACGCACAGCGAAUGAGGCAACAGUAGGGAAACCAAAAGGGAGAAAUAACUUUCUACUUUAUAUACACUUCCAAACAACACCGAGCUUUAUUUGUGUUAAGUAGACAUUGGUGUGUUGAGUUAGAGUAACACGUUGAAUUAGAGAGAUUUGAGGAGUGACAAGGAGGAGAAAGUAGCCUAUCUGGUUUCACCGCGAGACACCAGGAGCAUCACCUUCCCUCGCCCCCCUCUUGUCCUUUCUGUGUGGUCAUGAUGUGGUCCCACUUCGCCACAAGUGCCCUUAUCCUACUGGUUGUCCUGUUGAGACUCACCCUAACUCUCCCGCUCACCGCCUCCGUGGCGACCGAGACACACAGCCCCGACGACAGCCAUGCUCCUUCCCCUCUUGGACUUAGGCCAACCGAGGGAGAGAAUGAAGGGAGGAAGGGCGGACUUCCACAGAGAGAGAGAGCAGAAGAGGAGGAUGAGCUUUUUGGAGGCAUGGACCCCAAAACAUUAGCAGCCGUUCUGCUGGAGGCAAUGAAUAAGCCACACGGGGAAAGGAGGAACGGUGUGGAGGAUGGGCGCAAGGAAAAGGAGAGAGGAAAAGAGGAGAAUGAGAGAGAGAGGCAGGAGGAGGAGAAGGGAGAGGAGGUGAGAGCCGCAUUGGAUGAGGAGGGAGCAGACCGAGACAGGGACGGUCGCGAGGAGCUUGAGCUGGUGAUGGCGGCCGCUGCGGCGCAGGGCAAGGAGGAGCGAGAGAGGAAUGAGGAGGAGGAGAGGAAGAGAGCACAGGAGGAGGAGGAAAGACUAACAGAGAAAGUGACUAGCCACACCACCAGCCAGACGAUUCCUGGAAAGGAGAAACAACCUCUGGCAGAAGGAGAAAGAGGGGAGGAGGUGGGAGUGAAGGAAGUGGGGGCCAGAGAAGAUGCGCAGCAGGGACCACCCACCUCACAGGAGACCCAGCAAGAGGAGGAAGAGGAGCAACUAAGUCCAGAUGAAGUGCAGAACCUCCAGAGCAUGUUGGAGGAACUGCAGAACUACAACACAGCUAACAAGAGAGAGAGGGAGGCCCAGGAGCAGAGAGGGAGAGAGAGCAGGGCCUACAGCCAAGACGACACAGACCAAGCCCUGAUCCACAACCAGAUAAAACCCAAAGCUAAAGGAUACCCCCGAGCCAUGUCGAAGAAGCUCAAAUGGCAAGAGGAGAUGCAGAAAGCCCUGAACAUGCCCACUUAUAGAGGAGGCAACUUCAUGGACGACUUUGACAAUCUGGCUCGACCGGCGGCUGAGGAGGAUGAUGAGGAAAUGCUGAGCCCCGAGGAGGAAGAGAGGAGGGCAAAGGAGGAGCAGGAGGAGGUCAGGAGGCAGGCGAUGGAAGCUCAGAGGGCCAAAGCCGAGGAGGAGAAGUUGGCGGACAUAGCCUCGGACAUGCUCCUGCAGUACAUGGUCAAACAGGACAAAGGAAAGUACCAGAACAAGAAGACUCUGCUGUCCAACGCAGCGGAGGACAAGCGCUCUGACGAGGAGGUCGUCAGCGAGGACGAUGAUAUUGAUCCUCAGACCAUUGAUAAGCUCAUCGAGAUCUCCAGUAAGCUCCACCUCCCCGCGGACGACGUCGUUGACAUCAUCAGCGACGUUGAGAAGAAGAAGAAGAAAGACGCUCCUGAGACAUUGCCCUGGCAACGACCCCAGCAAAGACCCCUGGUUUACCCAGCAGCCAAAGCCGUCGAUGCCCAGCCUUCACACCCCCGAUACCCCACCCUGAAGCAGCCUCUCAGGGCCAUCAAUCCCCUCAAGUCCUGGUUCAAGGACAAAUCUUCCAUCAAACCCUCAAAACAAGACCUCUGGAUCAAACCUCAACAGAAGUCCUUUCGGACUUCCUCCAACUAUCCUACGUAUCCCUUCUACCAACAGAAGCCCUAUCGAGGCUACUACCCAAUUUACUUCCCCCCUCCCAAGCCCAAACCCCUGUUCUAUGCCAAGCCUUCCUACAUGCUCAACGACCUCCUGUCGAAUUCUCUGGACUACGACUUUGAUUUCCCCCCCAAGAGGAGGUACCGUCCCUGGGUACAGCCCCGCCCGAGGAAGCCCCCCGCUGCACUCCGGCGGAACCUCUACUACCCAAAUUACUCCAACUAUCCCAACUACCUCCUCCCCCCACACCCCAGGACAUACAACCCCCUACCCGUCCCCGUCCCCAUGCCUAAACCUCGCUCGUCCCCACCCAGGGGUCAGGUUCAGCCUCGCCAUCGGCACGGUUACUAUUACCAAGCGCCCUCAGCACCUUUGGUGACCCGGGACCAAGAUUACUAUGGGAUGCAGGGGAUAGGGAUGGGGCCGCAGCAGCAAGAUAGCAAUGAAGACCUGGAGAACUACAUUCAACAGGUCUUUAUGAAACCCAGGCCUAGGAUGUUUCAGUGAAAAGAGAGGAAAGAGCGAGAGGGGGUGGGAAGGAGGGAGGGGAAAAGGGGAGGAAGAGAGAACAAUGGAUUUUUUUUAUUUUUAGACCACUUACUUUUGAUUUCAGGUUUUGCCUUGGUUUCGUCUCUUUAAUGUACUGUUAGAUUUUUGUCAAAGAGCAACACAAAUUACAUGUAGCUUUUUUUUUGUAUAGAGUAAAAAUGAACUUGCAGAUAGAAAAGUGAGGGAGUCAGGAUGACACACAUCCAUUCAUUUCUCUUGCUCUUUUCUUUGGAAGAUGAAACUGAAGCUGUUGUCCAAAAUGACUGAAAGAGGGGCACUAAACCAAUCACAUAAAGAACUAUAGAACAUACAGAACCAUAGAACACUGACUCUAUAGACUCAUCUCAACAUCCUGGGGUUCUGGAAAAUAUGAGGGAGCGUCGGCAUCGUUCAGAAGACCAACAUUGAGGGGAAAUUGCAAAUGGCACCCUAUUCCCUAUGUUGCGCAAUACUUUUGACCAGGGUCCAUGGGGCUCUGGUCAAAAGUAGUGCACUAUAUAUAUGGGAUAGGGUGCUAUUUGGGACUCAGCCUGACUAUCAUGUUGCCUGUAAUCCAAAACUCAUACAAGAGACUUACAGUUGUUAACAAAUACACACAUGUCAAUGUUUGGAGCCAAAAUGCACAGUCAAGUGUGUUUAUAUUCCAAAAGACUAGCCAUCGCUAUUGGAGAAGAGGCCCCAAUGGAUAUAAAGCCUUACCAAUGUGUAUCUGUUAUGUUUUAUUGUUAUCAGUGGUUCCAUUGUCACCAUUUCAGUUCCACAUCAUUGAUUGUUUACAGAAAAUGAAGCUUGCAAAAAAAAUAUAUAGAAUUGGUCCUUUUCAAGAACUCACAGAUAACAGUUAUCGUCAAGGGCAGAGAAAGUCAUUGUUAUUGUUACCGACACGCUUGAUGAUAUGGUGCCAUACUGUACGCAAAUGCAGUCACUAUUUAUUAAUCAAAUAUAUUGUUUGUUUUUUGAUUAUUUGUUACUUGUCUGUUUUUAAUCACUUCUGUUUUGUUGUUCCAACAACAACAAAAACUGUUACAUUCUUAUGUCAAUUGCCCCGUCUGCACACUUUUUGAUUAACUUAUGAAUAUAUGAUUUGAUUUAUUUCAUGUACUUGUAAUGUACUUGUGUUUUUUCUACAAAGCAGUGCUAAGAUUUACACAUUCAUACAUUCCAGAUAUUUGUAAGACA